UUAUUUCUUUUUCUUUCCCAAACAUUAAAUUUCGCUGCUGUCAUCCGUCUUUUCUCGUUCUUUUUGCUUAUUUUAUCUACGACGCUUCUUUUGCUCUUUUAAAACGAUCAUCGCCCCCUUUACAUCUCCUUAAUCUCGUUGAAUAUCCGACACCGCAGUGCCCCUCAAUUUGCGACCUACGCUCCAGACUUGACUUGGGAUUCCAUGUUGGUGCGAGUGGCCCAGGCAGCCGAACACGCUGCUGCUUCGCUGUGCGACAAACAUGGACCAACCGCGGCAUUUUGACGACUUGGCGGACGAGCUCAUUCAGGACAUCCUUUCGUUUCUUCUGGGCUUCGAAUAUCUCUCCCUUGAAGCCUCCCCCACGACUUCGCACGGUUCCACGACUUCACUGAAUGCCCGAUCCCCCCACGUAUACGGUGAGAAGUCGGAGUUGGACCGGUUCCGACUCGUCUGCCGAAGGUUCAUGCGCAUCGGCACACCGCAGAAAUUCCCUCGCUUUGUGCUGCGGUUCUCGUCGGAUGGAUUCCGGAGGCUAGAGGAACUUUUGAGCAUGCAGCUAGCCUGCCAUGUUAGAAAUUUCACGUACAUGGUGCGACCCUUCUACCAAGGAAGCGGUUGGCCCAAUGUACUAGAGAUGGUUGAUACAGACAAUUUUCCCCUCUCUUCGACCCAUCGACGUCGCCUUCACGACCAGAAGCGAAUCGUCGAGGCGAGUCACGAUUUGUUAUUAUUGCGCCGCGCGAUCGGAGCAUUCACAUCCCUGCAGCAGGUCAAGUUGCUGCGAUUGCAGGAUGAGGCGGACGAGCAAAUGCUGGAUUGGAUUCACGAACACUCAUUGGGCGGAACAAAUCGACUGGACUGGGAGCCAGCGUGUACCAGAGCCGUCACCAACUUGAGCAUCGCGCUCUUGGAGUCGAGUUGUGACGCGGUUAGAUUCGUGGGACCACAGAUCAGCCCAGAGGCGACUGUGAAACUAUUACAAGCCCCUUCAACCAGUCUGGCCGCAUUGGGCGCUCGAUUGACGAGCCUAGACGUCACCUUCUCCUCCACUCUGGACCUCUCCACGCGCAUGGACACCUUAUCCAACGUCUUCUAUGAUUUUUUCCUGGCCGCCAAAAACCUCACCGCGAUCCACCUGGGCUUUCCGGCCCACGCGCCGCUCGACCUGCCGCUCGAACACAUCUUCCACCGUCUGCAAUGGAAGCGCCUCCGCACGCUGAGCAUCCAAGGCUGGCGCCUGGGCGCCGACGAGCUGAUGGCGCUCAUCCGCCGCCACCGGCGACCGUUGCGCGAUCUCCGGCUCGCCGGCAUCUACCUCCGCCCGGGCGGACGCUGGCGCGACAUCCUCGUGCUGCUGCACGACGAGAUGGACCACCUCGAGCGCCUCGAUCUCCGGGAGGUCGACUACACGAACCACUUCGACGCCUACGCCCACGGCCACCACAACCACAACCAUCAUGCACCCACCGCCCCCAACGGCACCGGCACCGGCACCGGUGCGGGUGGUGGCGGCUCCCACACGCCGCCGCCAACCCUCGCCAUCGUCGUGCAGCCCACACCCCAUUCCCCCUCGCGCGACGCCGUCCUGAACGUGGAUUCCCUGUCGUUCGCGCCGCGCGGCAGCACGCGGCGCUCCUUCGACCGCGCCACCCUGGAGCAGCUGCGCACCUACACCCCCGAGGAUCUGGGCGACACGGGCGUCCGCGUGCGCCCGGACCAGUGGUUAUUCUGGAAGGCGUGGGUGCUGUCCAGUGCACGAAGUAACGUCCACCCGAGGGGUUGAGGGUAAGAACGUCUUCUCUAUGGUUUGUUCAUGAACGAGAUCUGUCUUUGCAUCUAUCUUCCUUCAAUUUCCUUCUGUGUUUUGCAGUUGUAUGUUUACGGCGUAGAAUGGAAGAUGUGAUUCGUGGCUCAGAUUUCGAUUCUGUCAAUGUUGCGGAAAUUUGGGUGCUUCUGCUUGCGGCGGC